AUGGCUCUCCGCCGCUCUACUCGACUGAGCGCACUUAUCCCCCUUAAAUCAACGGCGCAAGCCGCAACAUCAGCAUCACAACGCAGCAACGGAAUCACAAAAACGCGGAAACUCUCAACAAAAGAAAAGAAGAAGAAGACGUGGACAACCGAGAAUCUCAACUCGCAUGCCCAGUCUGUCAUAGACUCAGAUCCAAAUCCAACCGAGCAAACCCCAACGACGGUUCCUCCGCUCCCUCCUUCGUCCGCAGUCGACAGCAACACCCACAAUAGUAACUACUGGGACAGCACACCGAUAUCAAACUCACGCCUUCAUACCCCUCCCCCCCUAGACCGCCCCGUCGAACCCCAUCGCACAAAUGCAACUCUUUUAACCCCCCACGGCUCGUCUCUCGUCGCCUAUCCCCCCGGAGCAACAGGGUCAGACAUUUCCCCCUCGAAGCCAGGCCUGCCCCGCCCCACGGCGACAACUGGCACGCUUCUCGAGAAAGCAACAGCGCAUCUGAUAGCCACGGACCCACGCCUAGAACCUCUUAUAAAGGCACAUCACUGCUCGCUUUUUUCGCCAGAGGGAUUAGCCGAGAAGAUCGAUCCGUUUCGGAGCUUGGUCGGGACAAUUAUAGGACAGCAAGUUUCGGGCGCGGCGGCGAGGUCAAUUCGAGAGAAGUUCGUAGCGUUGCUGUGGGGCUUGAAUCAUACUUAUGAAAAUGGUGAUGAGGUGCAAAGAGAUCGUGAAGACGAGAAUGAAGGUUACUUCCCUACACCAGAGGAGAUAGUCCGUGUUGAUAUUCCUACGUUACGAACAGCAGGGUUAUCACAGCGCAAGGCGGAGUAUAUCCACGGCCUCGCGGAGAAAUUUGCGAGCGGGGAGUUGAGUGCGACGAUGUUGUUGAACGCUAGUGAUGAGGAGUUGCUGGAGAAGUUGACUGCUGUGCGAGGACUGGGGAGAUGGUCGGUCGAGAUGUUUGCGUGCUUCACGCUCAAGCGGACGGAUGUGUUUUCGACAGGGGAUUUAGGUGUUCAGAGAGGAUGUGCCGCUUUCAUGGGAAAGGACUUCAAGUACAUGUCGGAGAAAGAGAUGCUAGAUUUGGCCGCCAAGUUCGCGCCGUAUAGGAGCCUCUUCAUGUGGUACAUGUGGCGUGUAGAAGAAGUCGAUGUCACUGUGCUGAGCGGCUAG